CCUGGUUUCCUGAAGGAGGCGUCGCGUACGUGACAGCGGUGACAUAAACGUUCAAGAUCAGGAUUGCGGCUCCCAGUAAAGACUCUGUUCACUCCUGGAGUUCACCAAGAGCUUUUCUGCUCGCCAGUAUGUCUGACGCUGUAAAAAAUGUGGCAAUAUUCGGCAGCACGGGGAUGACGGGGUUAGCGACCUUACCUCUGGCGGUGGCUGCAGGUUACAAUGUGACCGUGCUGGUGAGAGACGCCGCGAGGCUGCCUGCAGACCACAGGGCCUCCAGAGUGGUGGUGGGAGACGUUCUGAACAAAGACGACGUGAAGAAGACCCUGGAGGGUCAAGAUGCGGUCAUCGUCAUUCUGGGGACAAGAAAUGAUCUCAGUCCCACAACGAUGAUGUCUGAGGGAACCCGGAACAUUCUGGAGGUCAUGAAAGCCAGAGGGAUCCGCAAAGUCGUUGCGUGCAUGUCAGCGUUCCUUCUGUGGGAUCGCGCCAAAGUUCCUCCUCGCCUGGUGCCGGUCACAGAAGACCACGACCGAAUGUACGCCGUCCUGAAGGAGUCAGGGUUGGACUACAUAGCCGUCAUGCCUCCGCAUAUUGCUGGUGACAAACCUCUAACGGAAAAAUACACUGCGACUGAGAACAUGUUAAAAGGAAGGGUUAUCUCCAAACAUGACCUGGGCCAUUUCUUUGUCAAGUGUCUUUCCAUUUCUGAAUGGGAUGGAAAAACAGUUGGAGUUUGUGGAGAAUAUAGUUAAUCUACUCGGGGGCACUUAGCAAUGAUUUAUUCUUCCCUGGCCAAAAUGACUUUACUUUUGCAGCUUCCUUUUUUUUUUUUUUUUUUUUUUGCUACUCAUGCCAUUUUAGAAGUGUCAAAUAACGGAAACUUCUUUUAAAGUUACUGAUUGCAUAUACGUUUUUUUUCAUAAACGCAUAAACUGACCUGCAAUAAACAUAUCUGUAGUUAUUCUUAGAAGUUUAGUUCUUUCUAAAAAAAAAAUGGAUUGUUGGAAAACUUGCUGUUUUUUGUUUUGCCUUAAGAAUCGUUGAAUGAAAAAACAUGCAAUUUGCCUAAAAAUGUUGUUUUUAAAUAAACAUGUUAAUUUACAAAGUUAUUGUAUCUUGUUUAUGUUGGUAGUAUAUUAUAUAGUGUAAAAUUGAUUUUGUACCCGCUUUAAUUAUCCUUUUUUUAUUGCAAUAAUAAACAUCAAAUACUACAAAA